UCUCAGACAGCCGUUUUGUCUCCGUGCAGAAGAUAUAUAGGUGGUCAGUAAAUCUCAGUGAAAGCAGCGUAAUACCAAUUAUGCGUACGUAUGCACUAAUUGCAUUUCUUGCUCCUUUAAGAUCUCACUAAAUCUCACUCUUGGUUUAUGGUUUUAAUCGACCUUCCUCCAGAGCCCGGCUCUUCCCGCGCUGAGCCGCCCUUACGCCCUGAGGUAAUCUCGCGCGCCACCGCGUCUGGCCUCGGCGGAGCGAGGCUCCGUGCAGCCGCUGCCCGGGCUCCGCGGGGCCGCCCUCGCCCGCCGCCGCACCUCCGUGAAGCGCAGCCCCGAAAUGGCGGCGUGCGUUUGACCGGCGGCUCGUUGACGCGGCGAGUGGGGCGGGGGCUGUCCCCUCUCCGAAGUAACGCCGGGGUUUCCCCGAUACCCUGAGAAGUCCACUGCGGCAGGGAAACGUACACAGACAUUACGUUGUUUUGGAAGUUCUAGAUGUAAAUUCCUGUGAUCCAACCCAAGGAAACGUGAGAAAGCAGGAAGUAAGAUGAGGGAAGAACCUAAGUGUUAGAAAGAGAAAAGGAGAAAGGGGGAAAAAGUCUCAUACAAACCUCAAGCAUAACUGGCCCAGGUUUAUUGCUCAGCAGGAGAGCACUUUUUGCUGGGUCUAGCAUAUGGCCAACAGAAGCUAUGUCAGUGUCUGCGAACUCAGCAAAUUCUGAAGGAAACUGGAUUAGGAAGCCAUUGUAUGGAUUAUUUCAAUACAAUUCCAGUAUGAUUGGACUAGAAUCAUUAGCUGAUCCCACAGACACCUGGGAAAUUAUAGAGACUAUUGGAAAAGGCACUUACGGUAAAGUCUAUAAGGUUGCCAAUAAGAAAGAUGGGAGUCUGGCAGCAGUAAAGAUUCUCGAUCCUAUUAGUGAUGUAGAUGAAGAAAUUGAAGCAGAAUAUAAUAUUUUGCAGUUUCUUCCCAAUCAUCCUAAUGUUGUUAGAUUUUAUGGGAUGUUCUACAAAGCAGAUCAAUAUGUGGGAGGACAGCUCUGGCUAGUACUUGAGCUGUGCAAUGGAGGGUCUGUCACAGAACUUGUCAAAGGUUUGCUGAAGUGUGGCCAACAAUUGGAUGAAGCUAUGAUCUCAUACAUCUUAUAUGGUGCUCUCUUGGGCCUUCAGCAUUUACACAAUAACCGGAUCAUUCAUCGAGAUGUCAAAGGGAACAACAUUCUUCUGACAACAGAAGGUGGAGUCAAGCUCGUUGACUUUGGUGUUUCAGCCCAGCUCACCAGCACACGGCUACGUAGAAACACCUCAGUGGGAACACCCUUUUGGAUGGCUCCUGAGGUCAUUGCUUGUGAACAGCAGUAUGACUACUCAUAUGAUGCUCGAUGUGACGUAUGGUCUUUGGGAAUAACAGCAAUUGAACUCGGAGAUGGAGACCCUCCUUUAUUUGACAUGCAUCCGGUGAAAACUCUUUUUAAAAUUCCAAGGAACCCUCCUCCUACUUUGCUGCAUCCUGAAAAAUGGUGCAGAGGAUUCAACCAUUUCAUUUCACAGUGUCUUAUCAAGGAUUUCGAGAAACGUCCUACUGUCACCCACCUUUUGGAGCAUCCAUUUAUUAAACAAGUGCAUGGUAAAGAUAUGUCUCUGCAAAAACAGUUGGCUGAGCUUAUCCAAGAACAGCAGCGACUAGGCUCUGUAGCAAAAACAAGGCAUGAACGAAUACAUACCAAAAGACCCUACCAUGUGAAUGGAGCUGACAAGUACUCUCAAGAUGAUGAUCUGGUAAAUCUAGAAGUUCUUGAUGAGGAUACAAUUAUCCAUCAGCUGCAGAAACGCUAUGCUGACUUACAAAUUUAUACAUAUGUUGGAGAUAUUUUGAUAGCCUUAAACCCUUUCCAGAAUCUCAGCAUUUACUCUCCACAGUUCUCCAAGCUUUACCAUGGUAUGAAGCGCUCAUCCAAUCCCCCCCACAUAUUUGCCUCUGCCGAUGCUGCCUACCAAAGUAUGGUGACAUUCAGCAAAGAUCAGUGCAUUAUCAUCAGUGGGGAAAGUGGUGCUGGAAAGACAGAAAGUGCCCAUUUGAUCGUCCAACAUUUGACCUUCUUGGGAAAGGCCAAUAAUCGUGCUUUGCGUGAGAAAAUUCUUCAGGUGAAUCCUCUGGUUGAAGCAUUUGGGAAUGCCUGCACUGCCAUCAAUGACAACUCAAGUCGCUUCGGAAAAUAUCUGGAAAUGAUGUUUACACCCACAGGAGCUGUAAUGGGGGCAAAGAUUUCUGAGUAUCUACUUGAAAAGUCAAGGGUUAUAAAGCAGGCUGUGGGAGAGAAAAAUUUCCAUAUAUUUUAUUAUAUUUAUGCUGGCCUUUAUCAUCAGAAGAAACUUUCUGAAUAUAGGCUUCCUGAAAAAAAGCCUCCUAGAUACAUUGAUAAUGAAACUGGAAGAGUAAUGCACGAUAUUGUUACUAAUGAUUCCUAUGGAAGACAAUUUGAAGCAAUUCAGCAUUGCUUUAGAAGUAUAGGAUUCACUGAUGAGGAAGUGUAUUCAGUGUACAGAAUUCUGACUGGUAUCUUAAAUACUGGAAACAUUGAGUUUGCUGCCAUUUCUUCACAACACCAAACAGAUAAAAGUGAAGUUCCAAACCCAGAAGCCUUAGAUAAUGCUGCUGCACUGUUAAGUAUUGGGUCAGAAGAACUGCAAGAGGCCCUAACCUCCCACUGUGUUGUAACACGGGGGGAGACUAUUAUCCGAACAAACACUGUGGACAAAGCAGCUGACGUGCGAGAUGCCAUGUCUAAAGCACUUUAUGGCAGACUCUUCAGCUGGAUCGUAAAUCGCAUUAAUACGCUUCUUCAGCCAGAUAAAAAUAUAUGCAAUACUGAAAAUGGAAUGAAUGUUGGUAUACUAGAUAUAUUUGGAUUCGAGAACUUCACAAGGAAUUCCUUUGAACAGCUAUGCAUAAAUAUUGCUAAUGAGCAGAUCCAGUUUUAUUUCAAUCAACAUAUUUUUGCACUUGAACAGAUGGAAUAUCAGAAUGAGGGAAUUGAUGCUGCUACAGUGGAGUAUGAAGACAACCGUCCACUUCUAGAUAUGUUCCUCCAGAAACCCAUGGGUCUUCUUUCUCUACUAGAUGAAGAAAGUCGAUUUCCUCAGGCAACAGACCUAACAUUAGUUGAUAAAUUUGAAGAUAACUUACGAUGCAAAUACUUCUGGAGACCAAAAGGAGUGGAAUUGUCAUUUGGUAUUCAGCACUAUGCUGGAAAGGUAUUAUAUGAUGCCUCCGCAUUUCUUGAGAAGAACAGAGACACUCUUCCUGCUGACAUAGUGGUGGUGCUGAGAACCUCAGAGAACAAACUUCUUCAGCAGCUGUUUUCUAGCCCACUAACCAAAACAGGUAACUUGGCACAGGCAAGAGCCAGAGUGACAGCAGCGUCUAGGUCUUUGCCCCCACAGCUUAGUGCUGGGCAUAUUAAGGUUGACACAAUGGAGGUUAUGCGACACCCUGAGGAAACAACUAACAUGAAGCGACAAACUAUGGCUUCCUAUUUUAGGUAUUCCCUCAUGGAUCUUCUAUCCAAAAUGGUUGUUGGACAGCCUCACUUUAUCCGCUGCAUUAAACCUAAUGAUGAUCGAGAAGCACUAACGUUUUCUCAUGAGAGAGUUCUACUGCAGCUACGAUACACUGGAAUUCUGGAAACUGUCAAAAUACGUCAAAAAGGAUAUUCUCAUCGCAUUCUUUUUGAAGAGUUUGUGAAAAGGUAUUACUACCUUGCUUUCAAGGCACAUGAGUCUCCACUUGGCAACAGAGAAAACUGUCUGACCAUUUUGGAGAAAGCUAAACUAGAAAACUGGAUUCUUGGAAAAACCAAGGUUUUUCUAAAGUAUUACCAUAUAGAGCAAUUAAACUUGUUCCUGCGAGAAGUUAUAGGGAGGGUGGUGGUCAUGCAGGCUUAUAUCAAGGGAUGGCUUGGAGCAAGGAGGUAUAAGAAAGUCAAGGAAAAAAGAGAAAAUAGUGCUGUUACCAUACAGUCAGCUUGGAGAGGAUAUGAAGCUCGCAGGAAGUACAAGGAAAUAAGGAACAGAAGAAAUAAUGCUGCUAUACAUAUUCAAGCAGCUUUCAGAGGAUAUAUUGUUCGCAAAAACUACCCAAGACUGAAGAAGAGCACUGGCUGUGUAGCAGAUUCUCAGCAUAUAAGCAGCUGCUCUACUUCUGAUGUUGACUGUGAAGAGCACUGGCAGCAAACAAGUAACCAGCCUUCUCCUGUCGUGCCUGAUUUUCUUGACAAACAAACAAAAAAGGUACUGAAGGAUUGGGAUGAGAUUUCUGCUUCUUCCUUUACUGUAAAAAAUACAUUCAAAAUGAGUGAUUCACAAUUAAUUAGCCAAUCUCAGUCAAUCGCAGACCAUCAGUCAAGCCCCUUGAGACACCCUAAAAAAGGAGGUUCAGAAAACUGUCUUGAACAGAAGCUGAGAACACCUCGUCGACGAUGUCAGCAGCCCAAAAUGCUGAAUAGCCCUGAGGACAACAUGUACUAUAACCAGUUAAAUGGAACUCUAGAAUAUCAAGGGAGCAAGAGGAAGCCAAGAAAACUUGGCCAAAUCAAAGUGCUUGAUGGAGAGGAUGAGUAUUACAAAUCACUGUCAGCUGUUGAAUCUAUCCCUGAAGAUGACAGCUGUCUCAGUUCCCCAUCUCCUCCUUCUUCAAGAGGAGUGUCUUUUGCUCAAAGCUGAACUUACUCUGUUGACUAAAACUGGUAAGAGUAUUUUCUUGCUGGUAAUCUCUUCUAAUUAACUUUGUGCUUGCUUAUGUAAUCCAUUUAAAAAAAUACACAUUCAGUUAGCAACUUCCUUUCAGUAAUUUAGAUCUGGUUUUGCAGAUACAAAUUGUAUUUCUGUAAGCAAUUCCAGUAAAGGAAGCAGCACUACCUGUACGUGUUGAUGUUGUUAACCAGCACAUUUCCUUAGCAGCAAGGUUAGUUCACGCAGAUCCAGCUCCUUCCUCCCCACUCCCCCAGCUGCUGUUUCCAGCCUGUGCCAUCCCGUCUGUUGUGCUGGCACAACUGCUGUGUGGAAAAUAAGAUCAAGGAACUGAUCUAUAUUAGAAGAACACUGUACUAAAAAGCAUCUUUUGGGGUCAUGGUGAAAAUGUUCUAUAUUUCCUUAGUCUAAUAUUAAAACUCUAUCAUUUAUAACUUUCUAUGCUGUGAAUGGUUUUUAACAUUACAAAAAUGUACAGAGUAAAUUCAUCUAAAGUAAUGCAUGUCUUAAUUUACCUCAUAAGUAUUUUUUCUUAUGACGCAUUAGUUUGCCAUAAGUUUAACUAGAAAAACUAUUUCAAAUAUAAGAAGCAAAACAGUUUUAAUGCUAACAUUAGACGAUUUCAGAUUGCUUCAUAUAGCCCUUUUGACUGAAACCAUCGUUAUGACUAGGUAUUCUUGUUAUCUGUGCAAGUAUCCUAUAUGUUUCUUAACCUGGGCUUAAUCUCUGUGCUUGAGUGAUUCCUCCACUUCCACAGCUCUUUUGUAUGUAACAUGAAAUAACGUCACCUACAAAUUUUUCAACUUGCUUUUCACUUUUUUUCCAAAUUCCUAGUGAAAACACUGUUAAUUCCUAUGGAACAGAGACACUUUGCUGGUAACAACUUCUGUGGAAAAGCUGACUACUUUGCUUUACUUUCAGCUUCUGACCCGCGGUUUUGAUCUGUAACAAUUCUUUCUUUCUUUUCUAUACAUCUCUUGUAAAAAAACUUUUGGAAAUAAAAUUUUCUU